AUGAACAACGCGCAAGAUAUGUCGCCCGAUUUCGUGUUGAUGCGCCUGGUUUCAGCGGCCGAGGAUGACCGCUUGGACGCAGAAAACAGGAAUCUGCCGCCGGGAGGAGUGGUGGCAGGGCUGGGGAAGGAGGUCCUGGCUCACAGCGGCGUCAAAGCGGGUUUGGAUAUCAGCCGAGAUCCGACGGCGGGCCUCGAGCAUCCCAGCAGCCGCCUGAACAAAGCCCAGGCGAGCAGCGAGGGCACGACUGCACCUGACACCGGGGUGACGGAGAGCCGAGCCCCGCUGUCCGUGCCUCCUCCGCCGCAGAGCCCCAUGGAGGCCCAGGGCUUUGACUUCGCUCCCAGCCCCGGCCUACGGCCUCAGCUGCUGGUGUUCUCCAAUAUAAUGCGGAACGCAGAGGGGAUUUUAGAAUUAGAUCAUCUGAAUCAGCCGAGGGAUGCUCUGGGUUUGGAGCAGAGCCCAGGGUCUGGCUGCUCCGGCCCGGCUGUCAAUAACAACAACAACCUGAGUCCCGGAGACGUGCAGCAGCAGAACCUGCUGGAUCGGACAUGGGGAGCACAUACACCGGUCACAGUAUCCGCGGAUAUACAAGGAGCUGCGGAGCUGUGCCGCCGACAUCGACUCAUCACCACCCCACCCGAGUGGCCCUUAUUGUCGGAGGGAUCCAACCCUCUCACCGUGAUUGACUCUAAAUGGGGAUGCGCCACCAGGGACAGGGAGGGAGCCGUGUUUGAACUAGCCCGGCGGUUCGGGGAGCUUGGGGUCGGUGCGGUACCCAAGAUUCUGUUUAAAGCUGGGGAGCUCCCGCAGUGUUCGUGUCAGGGAGCACAUGGGCCGGGAGGAGGGGGAGUGGAGCCCGGGGAUGACCCGACAGAGACCAGCGAUGCUUUGUUGGUGCUGGAAGGGCUCGGGAGCGAGGAUGUUGCGGGUCUGGGCAUGAACGACUGCCCGGAGGAUGAGACGGAUGAUGAGAACGGGCGACGCGAGUUUUUGCUCAAUAGGAAAAGGGAAAUAGUUAAGAAAAUGUCCGGGGCUUUCUCCAUCAGCAGUUUCCAAGCGGAGCUGAGGAGGCAGGUGGAGGAGAUGGCCCCGGCGGCGACAGAGGCGGAGGCAGGCGUGCAGGUGUGCAGCCUUCACGGGAACUUAUCCAGCCGACAGGUAAGCUCUGGGGAAUCAGAGGUGGCCACCCAGGUUUCAGCCACGUCGCCGUCACCUACACCGGUACAGAAUUCACCUUGGACCACAAGCCCGAACCCGAGCCAGGUGUCGACACCGAGGAGGCGGCCGGAGAGGUGUGCCAGCGCGCCCCGGACUCCGACUGGCCGGGUGGCGGGAGGAGAAAAGACGCUCAAAGUUCCAGGGAAGUCCAAAAAGGGCUCGUUAAAGAUCCGCCUGAGUAAACUAUUCCGGACUAAAAGCUGCAGCGGCUCCAAUCACCUCCUGGACAAGAGGCCCUCAGUGACCUACUCAGUAUCUUCUGCCGGGAGUCUGGUGGACAUGGCUGCCGGUGCUGAGCAGGAUGCGGACAGCCAGCCCAGAAUGACCAGGGCCCACAGUGCCUUCUCCCCCGCCUCCUCGCUCUCUGCCUCGCUCUCUGCUUUCACCGGUGAGACUGUUUCUCUGAUGGACGUGGAUAUUUCACGGCGAGGGGCGAACACGCCACACCCUCCCACGCCUCCCCCGCCUCCACGUCGAAGUCUCAGUCUGUUAGAUGACAUAGCCGGGCCUCAGCCUGGGCCUUUCCUAGUGAGUGUUAUGGGAGCCUCCCUGCAGUCCCUCCCCCUGCCUCUCCCCCCUCCUCCUCUUCCUUCCCACGCCACCAUGCAGCACAGUCUCAGCCUCAAUGAUGCUUUCCUUCGAGCCCUUCCACAUUCAAACCCAUCGCCGGCUAAUGCUCCACCCACUGUGAGACAGGCUCCGCCCCCCAUGCUGUGUGCUCUGCGGCGGUCUGAAGCCAGUAACUUCACCGCCAGUCUAAGAGAACUGGAGAAGUGCGGCUGGUACUGGGGGCCAAUGAACUGGGAGGAUGCAGAGAUGAAGCUGAAGGGGAAACCGGACGGAUCUUUUCUGGUUCGAGACAGCUCAGACCCCCGAUACAUCCUGAGCCUCAGCUUCAGAUCACAGGGAGUGACACACCACACACGCAUGGAGCACUACCGCGGGACGUUCAGCUUAUGGUGUCACCCGAAGUUUGAGGACCGCUGCCAUUCAGUGGUGGAGUUUAUUGAGCGAGCCAUCAUGCAUUCGAAGAACGGCAAAUUCCUCUACUUCCUCCGCUCCAGAGUUCCAGGGCUUCCUCCCACCCCGGUUCAGCUGCUGUAUCCUGUAUCUCGCUUCAGCAAUGUGAAGUCGCUGCAGCACCUCUGUCGCUUCUGCAUCCGACAAAUAGUCCGCAUUGACCACAUCCAGGAGCUUCCACUGCCCAGACCGCUGAUCUCCUAUCUGAGUAAGUUUUAUUACUACGACCCCGAGGAGGAGAUGUACCUGUCAAUCAAGAGCAUCCGGAGGGUGGUGGGAGCAGCGCAAGCGACCGAGUCGCAGACGUAG